GGGGCCUUCAGCAUGAAAUGUGUUGUUGUCUUGACAGAAGUCAUGGUGGUUUGGCAAAGGCAGAGACAGCGGCGUAACACAGCAAACCCAGCAAACUGGACAGUUCAAACAAGUGAAUGAUAGCACUUCCCGAAGUGGGCAGGUACGCUUCGCAACUCACAAUGUGCAAGUGCGUCACGUCGUCUGCAUCUCCAUGGCAUGACCCCGACGUCUCAUCGUUUUUUUACUAGCUUCUUCGUUUCUUUCAGCGUCUUGUCCUAUUCAGCUGUCUAGCACUGUCGUUCACCAGCGAAACUUCACCAUGGCGUCUCGUCGUCUACUCUUCACCAGACCGUCCACCGUGUACCGAGACGAAGAUCAUGAAUUUGACAACUACCAGGAUCUAGCCUCCUCUCAGCCAGUACCUUUGUUUCAGCUCUGCUCCAAGACAGGCUCGAAAAGAGGCGCCAAAACCCGAAAGCUUCUAUCAGAAAUGUCGUCAAGCAGCGAACCGAAAGAACCACGUCCCAUGAGCCAACAAAAGGCCUUAUCUCAUCUCUCAGCCAUACACCGUGCAAAUCAGGCAGACCGUCAUCUGAGCAUGCCUGCAGAGUCCUUCACACCUUCGCGUCUUGAAUCGCACGGAUGGGAGAGCAGCGAUGAUGGCCACUUUCAACGCAAUCCUUUGAGUUAUACCAGAUCCUAUGAGUCCUCCUACUCGCUGGGCACUCCUCUUCGUGAAUCGGUCUCCGAGCAUACCUCCUUGGACCUUUACGGAGCCAACUUUGAUCGAACCUACAGCCAGUCCCCUUACGAGUCCCUGCGAGUCCAAACCCGUCUCAAGCGUCCUGAAACCCGGAUUACAUCUGGCCUGGAGAUCUCAGGUCCUGGGGCUCAGUAUUCGACUACUAAUUUGGAGCGCGCGCGUACUCUUGAGCUGGAAAGGGAGGAGAAACAGCGCAGGUUCAAAGAAGAGGUCACCGCGCUGCUCAAGAACGUUGCACAGAAGCCUGAAAGUCCUAAACUGGACAAUGAGCAGUUUCUGGUCCGUGAAAUCGCUGUGGAGUCCAAUCCAGGCAAGACUCAUGCGCCACAGGAGAGUCAGGUAUCCAAGACCAAGUCUACCAGUAUAGCCAAUGUGUCUCACCUUGACAAUGACUCCACCGCUCAGGACGGCAUGUUGAGAACUCCUCCUGGACUCACCAGACCUGUUAGAGAAGCAGAAGCGUGGUUUCACAAGGAUAAUCGAGGACACAAAAAACUCCGCCAGCAAGUCAAGGGAAUCGCAGAGAACUGUGCUAGUGAGAACGAGAAACAGACGACACAGCUACUGGGUGAUGUAAUCAUCAAUCUCUAUUCCUACGUCGCCAAAGAUCGCAAGAAGCAGGCUGGCAACUUUGCUGACUGGGGAAGCGUGGAUCCUUAUUACUGUUCACCCAGCCAGGACGGCAACCAUAGCUACUUUGACUACUGAGCCUGUUCUGUGUGUCAAGAUGGCUUAUUUCAUGUACCAUCAGUGCGAGCAUGUCCUAUUUGAGGAGAUAAAUAGCCUACAAUAUGUAUUAUAAAGUGGAUGAG